CAAAUGUUGAUGGCCAAGAAUAACUUUGGCCCCAUUAAGUUUUUAACCCUUUUUUUACGUAAGUUAGUCUUCUAACAUCCUCACGUUUUUACUACUUGUCAAAAUCUAACUGACAAUAUUUCGGUAUUUGUUUUAGUAAUCUAACCCCACACAAUUAACAUAAAUUUGUAUGUUGCAGUUUUGGCAUCCUUGAAUGAUCGGUGUCUGGAAAUUAAUUUGAUGGAAUUUCUUCUACUUAUCCAUUGAGAAGUCUUGUGCAAAACUAAAUAAUACGCCAAACUAUCUCGGACAAUUGUUAGACGUUCUGUAGAAAUAUCUAUGCAGUGUGCGUUACAUAACAAGAACCGAGUCAUCACACCAUUUUGCUAACGUGCACUGCAAAGGAACUUUUUGCAGAGCCCGUGUUGGGUGUUAAGCGUCCCUUGCUUACCUGUGUUGUCGAUAAUCUCCCUCGAAAUAAACACAACAUUAGAGAAAAUUAGGACAGAGGGAGUAUUAGUUUGUUAAGUCUUCUCCCCUUUAAAAGUUUUGUACAACACUACAAAAUAUGACUAACAAAUUAUUAGAAGUCACUGCUCAUCCAUGGACCACAAGUUCUUUACUUGUGAUGUAGUUCAUUUUCUCUCCAUUUGUGCCAAAUUUAGACAAGACAAACACUGUAUGAUAGGUACUAGCAACCAAGACUUAAUAUAGUCUUCCUGGAAAGAUCUGCAACCACAAAUUAGAUAUGCUAGUUGGGCCAAGUACCCCAAUUUAUUUGUCUCGAUGUUUUUGUUUUCUUUCUUUACUUUAUACCCCACGGUCCCAUAGGGAGAAGGGGAAGGGAAUUAAUGAUGGGGAACUGAACCCGACCUUUAUUAGAUCAUUCAAUAUUGUUUAACUGGACAUGGAAUUUAAGAAAAAAGAAUGACCUUUGAAACUUGUGUUCUAAAACAAGCCAUAACUAAGGGUAAAAUGAGAAGUUUAAAGUUACAUGGUUUUAAAUAUAAAAAUUAUCAUUCUUUUGAAUAGGCUUAAAAGGAAGGUGCAUCACAUAAAUUGAGACAAAAGGAAUAUCGAAUAUGAAGGUUGAAGUGCCUGGACCUCGAGGGAGGUGGCAACUUGCUGAUGGUAACUUGUUUAUUCCAUGAUUUUGGACAUUAAAGAAUGAGAAAAUUAGAUCACUGUUAGAUUUGCAUAAGAAAAAGGGCAGAAGAUCAAAAACUUUAGUAAUUUUUUUUUUCUUUUGUGCCUAUUUUGAGUUUUUUUUUUUUUUAAACAAAGAAAUGAAGUCAUUACUCCAAUCCUCACAUACAUUUUGUUUUGGUUAUCAAAGGUAUAAAUUUCAAUCGAAGCAAUUAUUGAAACAAAAAAUUGUUGUAUUUCAAAAUUAUUAUCCUUCUAUAAGAGACAAUUCUUGUGUUAUUUGUUCCAUUUUAAUCCUUGGUAAUCUAAGUGACUCUGACCAAGUAUACUUUGAUUUGUGAAGCCCACAUUGGUUAGAAUGAAACCUUUCUUUACCCUAUCAAGAUUGUACGAGUGCUUUUUGAAGUCCUUUUAUUAGAUUUCUUAUUCAAAUUUACACAAGACAAUUAUUAUUUGGUUCGUCGUGUCUAUCCUUUGAAAAGUCCUGUGAAAACAUUACAAAAUUAAUAAUGCCUAACAAGUUGGAAGACCGCUGAAAAGACGAGUAAGACCAUCACUCUCUUGAAAAUUUGUAAAAACUUAGUGCUCGUCCAUGGACCAGUAGUUUUGUAUUUGUUAUGUAGAUCAUUUUCUCUUAGUUUAUGUAAUAUGCAAGAAUCCACUGUAAACUUGCAAUGAGACCUUUCUUUACUCUAUUAAGAUUGUGCCCGUGCUUAGUCCUAUUACAGCUCUUAUUCAAUCCAUUUUGGAAGACAAUAAAAGAGACAACUAAAACCAUCAUUAUCUUGGAAAUUUGUUAGAAGCAUCUGCAAAAAAUUUCUUUGCUCUGUAUGUGAACUAGAAAUUUGUCUCCAGUCACAUUUCUACUCUCUCACGGGACCAUUAAAUGAUCAGUGUUUGGAAAUUUUAUGGAAUCCUCCUAAUUUAACUUUUCUUCUUUGAAAAGUCUUCUAGGAAUCUAAACAAUAUCCUUGUUCGGGACCACUAGUUUUGCAGAAAAUUUCUUAGCAGUGUGUACGCGUGGUGCAAUCUUCAACAUUUAUACCGACAUAAGUCAGUAUGUGUCUAUAUAUAUAUAUAUAUAUAUAUAUUGAUGAUUGAUUUUGUAAGAACAUUCUGUUAUUUGCUGAAUACAAGAAACAAAGUAAAAAUGGGGCGACUCUUUUUGCUUUACUCCUUUCUCAAUUUUGUGUUGCUAAGCCAAAGCUUUUUUUCUUCCUUUGCGCAUCAGCUAACUAGUGAAUCUUUGGCUUUGCUUCAGUUCAAGCGGCCCUUUAUUAUCUGUGAUUCUUUUCCACCAAAAACAAUGUCUUGGAAUGAGAGUAGAGAUUGCUGCACUUGGGAUGGAGUCACUUGUGACAUGUCAACAGGUCAUGUUAUCGGCCUGGACCUUAGUGAUGGUCAUCUUUUGUGGAACAAUUCAUCCCAACAGCAGCCUCUUCCAACUACAUCAUCUUCAGACACUAAACCUUGCUUUUAAUAACUUUGGUUCCUCUUCAAUACCAAAUGAUAUAGGCCGCUUGAGGAAUUUGAGGCAUCUCAACCUUUCUUACUCUGAAUUUCAUGAACUACACAAAUCUGGAGGUAGUUUCUCUCUUAGGUGUCAACAUCUCAUCUCCGAUACCCAUGAACGUGUCUUCCUCCUUAAGGUACGUGGAUCUUGUCAAUACUAAUUUGCAAGGUGUUCUCACAGAGAGCUUCUUUCUUCUGCCAAACUUGGAAAAGCUCAUUUUGAGGAUCAAUGAUCUUGUCGAAAGAGUUUUACCAAAGAUCCACCCGAGCAACACUCUGUUGGAGUUGGAUAUUUCAUUCACAGGAAUCUGUGGUGAGCUGCCUGAUUCAAUUGGCACCUUGAGGUCCUUGAGUCACUUGAACCUCGGAGGAUGUGACUUAUCUGGUUCGAUUCCAGAUUCCAUUGGCAACCUUACAGAAAUUAGGGAGUUGAAUUUUAGGGGUACUAAUUUCACCGGUCAUAUUCCUUCAACAAUCUCUAAACUGAGGCAGCUCACAUUUUUAGAUCUUUCUUCUAACUUCCUUGAAGGCGAAAUUCCCAAUGUUUUCUCUAACCUCCAAGAGCUAGUUGAAUUGUAUCUUUCUAGACACAGCUUCGUCGGUCCGUUUCCCUCUUCCAUUCUAAGCUUGACACAUUUUCAAAGCUUAGACUUGUCGAGUAAUUCCCUAUAUGGUCCACUGCCUAACAAUGCUAGCAUGCUUCAAAAGCUAACUUGUCUGAAUUUGUCUAACAACUCACUCAAUGGCACAAUGCCAUCUUGGGCGUUUAGCCUCCCUUCGUUAUCUGGUUUGUGGUUCGAUCAUAAUCGAUUCAGCGGACUAGCAGAUGAGCUGAAAAUGAACCCAACACUAGAGAUUUUGGAUUUAAGUCAUAAUCAACUCUGUGGUCCUGUUCUCCGAUCACUUGGAAAUCUCACAAACCUUGUAACCUUUGACCUUUCAUCAAAUAACAUCACCAGCGACGAGGGAGUAAAAAUCACUUUUCCUAGCCUAACAUGUUUGUACUUAUCAUUUUGUGAACUGAAGGCUUUUCCACACUUCUUGAGAAACUCAAAAGCACUUGAAUUCUUGGACCUUUCUAACAAUGCAAUUCACGGUCCAAUACCUAACUGGUUCAGCAGCAUGAGGUGGGACUCAUUGUUGAACCUGAAUCUUUCACAUAAUUCACUUAUAAGCCACCUGGAACAACUUCAUAAUUACCAUAAUCUGUUGAGUCUUGAUGUUAAAUUUAACUUCCUUCAGGGUCCACUACCUUUUCCUAUCCGCAAGUUGAACAACCUUAGAUUACUGGAUUUAUCACACAACCACUUGAGUGAGUCCAUUCCACAUUGCUUGGGAAGCAUGGCUGAGCUAGUGAUUCUCGACUUGAGAAAGAAUAACUUCACUGGGAGUCUUCCAUCGUUAUGUGCUCGGAGCACUUCAUUGACGACCAUUGCCUUCAAUCACAAUCAACUUGAAGGAGCUAUCCCUCUAUCGUUGCACAAUUGUCGUCAAUUAGAAAUCUUCGAUGUGGGGAAUAAUGCUAUAAAUUAUACAUUUCCAGCUUGGCUAGGAACUCUUCCAGAGUUGCGGGUCCUUGUAUUAACUCGAACAAGUUCCAUGGAUCUAUAAAUACUCGGGAAACUAAGUUUUUCUUUCCCAGGUUGCGGAUUUUUGAUCUUUCUCAUAAUGAGUUCGGUGGGUCACUGCCUGCAGAAGUUUUUGAAAACUUUAGAGCAAUGAUCAAAUUAGAUGAUGCAGACAAAGGCGAGAUCGAAUAUAUGAGACCAAUCGUAGGAGCCCAUGUUACGUAUAAUGAUUCAAUAGGGUUAGUAAUAAAAGACCAUGAAACUGAGCUAGAAAGAAUUGCUACAAUUCUGACAGCCAUAGAUCUAUCAAGCAACCAGUUUGAAGGUGUGAUUCCGAUAACAGUAAAGGAUCUUGGCUCACUUUGGCUAAUCAAUUUGUCCCAUAACAAUCUCAAAGGUGAUAUUCCAAUGGAACUCGGGCAAUUGAAUACGCUUGAAGUGCUAGAUCUCUCUUGGAAUCAUCUUACUGGAAAGAUACCACAAGAAUUGACAGGAAUAAAAUUUCUGGCGAAGUUAAACCUCUCUCAAAAUCUUCUCGUUGGACACAUUCCUUGUGGUCCACAAUUCAACACAUUUGAAAAUGACUCGUAUGGGGGCAACCUUGAUUUAUGUGGUCCUCCUUUAUCAAAGAAAUGUGGAACAAGUGAUCCAUCGGAUGUUCCUCAACAAUUGGAUUCCGAAGACGAAGAAGAAUACGAGUCAUAUUUCGCAAGUGGAUUUACCCUGGGAAUCAGUAGUCAUAGGCUACAGUUGUGGACUAGUUGUUGGAAAUGUCAUGUUGAGCCUCAUGUUUAAAACUGGUAAGCUGAAAUGGUUUGUGGAGUUUCUUGAAGGCAUCAUUCCCAACAAGAAGAGAAGGCCAAAGAAGAGAGCUCAGAGACGACACACUUAAAGGAAGAGUGAACUUUUCUGUUUCUAUUUUUCUCUUUUUAUUUUUGUUGUUUGUUGUUUGUAAAGUUUGGUAGCAACUCAAUUGUAUGUGUUAUUAUAGAAUUAAUGGUUGUUCAAGUU